CCCCAGAGCCUGCAGCCCCCCCGGGGUGUCCCCUGAGCCCCACAGGGAGGUGCCCCCCCCCCCCCCCCCCCCAGGGACAAUGUUUACCGCGUGAGCCUGGAGCCCGGCACGGCCAGCGAGAUGCGCUACCACCGGAAGCUGACGUGGCAGUCGAACCAGCACGACAUCAGCAUCUGCCGGAUGAGGGGGAAACACGGGGCAGAGUGCCGAAACUUCAUCAAGGUGCUGCUGGUGCGCAACGAGAGCCUGCUCUUCGUCUGCGGCACCAACGCCUUCAACCCCGUCUGCGCCAACUACAGCGUGAGUGUGUGUCCCCCCCGGGGCCACCUGGGGUCACCUGGGGCCACCUGGGGUCACCUGGGGCCACCUGGGGUCACUCGGGGCCACCCGGUGUCCCCCGGGGCCAGGAGGCAGGGGAGGGCACACGUGGACAUGCCCGAGCUUGUGAGCACGGACGUGUGUGUCUUCGGGGUGCCACGUCCAGUUCUCGUGGGGGUGUCCCGCUGCUCAGGCUGGGGACACUGCCAGCCGGACCCCGCUGUCCUGCAUGGCCCCGUGGUGGCCCUUUUAUGGCCCCGUGGCCCU